GGCAUGAGAGCGAGAUGAGGAGGAGGAGAGGACCGAGAGAGAGGGCACCUUCCUCUCCUGUCGACUCUUAUCAUCUGCUGUGAUUUAACGGUGGACCAGUAGUCCGGGAUAUUUAGUUUGUUGACUGUGUUCGUCGCCGCUCGGCUGUGAGGAGAGAACGGUUCGCUUGUUCGCCGCUUCACCGAGGCUACAUGGGCAGCUAACCGCCGUUAGCAUCGUUAGCUUCCCGGCGAAGUGAAGGAGCCGAGUAUCAGGGGGGAUGGAAAGAGUUCUGUCCGAAAGCUUUUUGUAGAAGAAACGACGACCAACCCGACUCAACCCGUCCACAUUUAUUCCUCUCCUUGUUUCACCGACAGAUCCUGGAAGAAUGACGGUUGUGGGUGUUGCUGUAAUCCCCACCAUGGUGCAGAAGUACCAGUCACCCGUGCGGGUGUACAAGCACCCCUUUGAGCUGGUGAUGGCGGCUUACGAGCGCCGCUUCCCCACCUGUCACCUCAUUCCCAUGUUCGUGGCAAGUGACGUGGUGGAUGAGGAGACCAGCGAUGACGGUUCCACCCACAAGGUUGAGCGGCGGUGCGCCCUCGACGUGGACGCCCCGCGCCUUCUCAAAAGGAUCGCAGGCGUAGAUUACGUCUACUUCAUCCAGAAGAACACGCUGAACCGAAAGGAGAGGACCCUGCACAUCGAGUCCCACAAUGAGACCUUCUCCAACAGGGUCAUCAUUCACGAGACCUGCUGCUAUUCGGUCCACCCGGACAAUGAGGACUGGACGUGUUUUGAGCAGACUGCCAGUCUGGACAUCAAGUCCUUCUUCGGCUUCGAAAGCACCGUGGAAAAGAUCGCUAUGAAACAGUAUGCCGGCAGUAUCAAGAAGGGGAAGGAAAUCAUAGAGUACUACCUGAAGGAGCUGGAAGACGAGGGCAUCACUCAUGUGCCCCGCUGGAGUCCUUCCUCCAGCUCCCUGCCUCUCGCCAGGCCGACCAGCCUCUCCACCAGCCCAGCCGUCCUCCCCAAACUUGCAGUCACACCAGCUGUUUCCGUCCCGCUGACCACUGAUGCCAAGGACGGCACCUCGCAGGAUGCUAAGCAGGACGGUAGCGCACUUCAGGCGGACAGCCUGACGGAGAUCCAGGCAGGCACACCUGAAGACAAACUGGAUGCAGACUAUAUCAAACGUUACCUGGGAGACUUGACCCCGCUUCAGGAAAGCUGUCUGAUCAGACUUCGCAAAUGGCUUCAAGAAACGCACAAGGGAAAGAUCCCUAAAGACGAGCACAUCCUGCGUUUCUUGCGGGCCAGAGACUUCAACAUGGACAAGGCACGAGAGAUCUUGUGCCAGUCUCUGACCUGGAGGAAGCAGCACCAGGUGGACUACCUGCUGGAGACCUGGAGCUCUCCACAGGUCCUUCAGGACUUCUACACUGGUGGCUGGCACCAUCACGACAGAGACGGCCGUCCAUUGUACAUCCUGAGGCUGGGCCAGAUGGACACCAAAGGACUGGUGCGCGCACUCGGAGAGGAGUCUCUGCUCAGACAUGUGCUGUCCAUCAAUGAAGAGGGUCUGAGACGCUGUGAGGAGAACACCAAGGUGUUUGGUCGACCCAUCAGCUGUUGGACGUGUCUGGUCGACCUGGAGGGGCUGAACAUGCGUCACCUGUGGCGGCCGGGAGUCAAGGCGCUGCUGAGGAUCAUCGAAGUCGUGGAGGCCAAUUACCCUGAGACUCUGGGACGGCUGCUUAUCUUAAGAGCUCCAAGAGUCUUCCCUGUUCUUUGGACACUGGUCAGUCCUUUCAUUGAUGAGAACACCCGCAAGAAGUUCUUGAUCUAUGCAGGCAAUGACUACCAGGGUCCUGGAGGUCUUGUGGACUACAUAGACAAGGAGAUCAUCCCAGACUUCCUUGGAGGAGAGUGCAUGUGCGAGGUACCCGAGGGCGGCCUGGUUCCCAAGUCGAUGUACCGCACGGCCGAGGAGCUGGAGAACGAGGACGUCCGCCUGUGGACCGAGACGAUUUACCAAAGCGCCAGCAUCUUCAAGGGAGCUCCACACGAGCUCCUGAUUGAGAUCAUCGACGCCUCCUCUGUCAUCACCUGGGACUUUGACGUGUGCAAAGGCGAUAUCGUUUUCAACAUCUACCACUCGAAGCGGGCCCCGCAGCAGCCGCGCAAGGAUCCCCUGGGAGCCCACGGCAUCUCCUCCCCGGGAGGCAACAACGUCCAGCUCAUCGACAAGUCCUGGACGCUGGGGCAGGAUUACAGCAUGGUGGAGUCGCCGCUCACCUGCAAGGAGGGCGAAAGCGUCCAGGGCUCCCAUAUCACACGCUGGCCUGGUUUCUACAUCCUCCAGUGGAGGUUCCACAACAUGCCGGCCUGCUCUGCUACCAACCUGCCCCGGGUGGACGACGUGCUGGCCACCCUGCAGGUCUCCUCCCACAAGUGUAAAGUCAUGUACUACACCGAGGUGUUGGGCUCCGAGGACUUCAGAACGGCUUGCUGUGAUGUGCAGAGUUUGGGUUCGAUGACCAGCCUGGAGUCGAGCCACAGCGGCUUCUCUCAGCUCAGCGCCGCCACCACCUCCUCCAACCAGUCCCAGUCCAGCUCCAUGAUCUCCAGGUAGAAACCUGGGAGAGGACGACGCCGAUCCACAAAUCCCAAUCCCCACUUCCACUGCCCCAACCGAACACCCAGGCCAAACUCUUCCCCCACCUCCUCCGUGUCAUCUUUGAACUCUGUUACUAUUGCACAGCCAGUCUCCUUGGGACUGAUGCAUGCUUGCACAAACAGAAGACAAAGAGUUAAACAAAAACAAAAAAAAAACAAUUCUAAGGCAAAAAGAAAAAAAGAAAAAAAAAGUAGAAUUUAAAGGGCUGAUACUUUGCACAAAGGUCGUAUAUUUUUCAGGCUCGGCGUUUGCGCCGGGCGGGAGUUUGAGUCAGACCAUUAGCAGAAUGUUUGUUUGCGUGGCGUCUCAUCAUGCAGGGCGGGAGGGUUAAAGGUCCGGAAGCCGAAAGAAGCAAUAUUCUCACUCUGAGGAGCUACGGGACCGGGCGAAAGCACUGGAGUUGCUGUUACAUAUAUGCAUUUACAUACUCCCUGACACACGGUCGUGAGGCGACGGGUUCCUCGUUUCACUGGUGUCAGCAGACGAGACUGGAUGUGCUGUUACACACAAACACCGCAAGCACAUGGAUUUUGCGUGCGAACGCGCAAAAAAUCGACAGUGUUUGUCAGGUUACUGGAUGGGUUCGUUUGUUUAUAGGUCAAGCGCGGUGCGGGGGUGGGCGGGGGUAAAAACGUAUGUUAGCUAGAUCUGGGUUGAAUAUGAUCUACAGAUAAUAUAUUUUUUGAAACUGCCUGGAGCUUAUCGAAUCAUGAAAGUAGAGAUAAUGUCGGCAAAACCUGAAGGAGAAACGUUCACUCCUUCUGAGCUUCUCUUGACAUUCACUGCACACUCUCGCGCGACGAACCCCCACCCGUCGUCGACCCCCCCGCGAGGGCCUCAUCGCGCCUCGAAGAGCGUUCGAAUUAUUCAACCCAGGUCUGAGUCUUGGGGGACGUAAUCCACCAGAAGCAAUAACACGAGUUCGACUUUCUACUGUGUGAAAUAUUUCUAUUUAUCACUGAGGUGUAUGUAGAGGGUCGUAGGUGCUGAUAGGGUUUUUUUUUUUUUUUUUUCUUGUAUGUAAGUUGUGCACAGGCAGAUGGGCAAACUGAGCCAGUAAACAACGAGAAUCCACCAGGAGAGCAGCAAAAAAAAAACUAACAAAAAAAAAAAAAAAAUUCUCCUGGGUUUUUAUCUUCGUACAAUGAAAAAUUCAAUAAUCACGACAGAGAAUGACCUCACGGUUGGUUUGCUUUCUGUCCGCACAAAUCCAAAUCAGCAGCAACACGCCUUGUCAGUGAUCGGCGAAUGUGCUACUGAUGGGCCGGUGAGAUGCUCGAUGUUGGAGCGUUGCGACGUGAUUGGACCUAGCUGCCAUCGUCUUCUUUUUUGUUUGUUUGUGUUUUUUUUUUUUUUUUCUCGGCGUGCACGAGAAGCGAUUUAUCAUUUGACGGCGCGCCGUUCGACGACAUUGAUACUGUACGUGUCCUAGUGUUGGUGUGUUACUGUGUUUUCGGAGGUGAGCACUUAAGGGGGUGGAGCAGCGUUUGCUGCCUGCUCACGCGGUGACUGGGUUUACGGAUCUAUUAUUUAAGAAUUAAGAUAUAGCCAUUUUCUAAGAGCUGUGUGUCAAUAAAUACCGUUUUAGCCUUUCACCACUUAGGAAAGAAAAAAAGAAAAACCUGCUUCUUUUCUCACCACUGUAAUAGAUGAGCGAUUGUGAACUGAAUGAACAUUUCAAAAAUGCAACACAUCCAUGCAACGGUUGUUAUUUUCUUAUUAUUCUUAUAUCGGCGAUGAGCGCCGAUGACCUCACGUGGAUCUCAAGCGUGGUCGCGUUUGCCAAGAGUCGUUGGAUGCGGUUGCCAUGGUUACUGAGCGCAGCUGACAGCAAAAACAAAAGAAAGAGGAGUGUUGUUGUUGUUGUUGUUGUUUUCUUCCUGAAAAUACUGGCCCUACGUGUUUGUUUUAAACUAUUUAACGGUUAACUUGUGGUAUCUACAUGUCAUUAACUGCAAUAACAUGAAAUGCUUUACUAAGAAAAGUAAAAAAAAGAAAGAAAGAAAGAAAAAAAGGACCAUCUCAGAAUGAGGGCUACAAGUGUGUGUGUGUGUGUGAGUGUGUGAUAGAGUUUUAAAAGAAUGAAUGUUAGCUACAGUGGGAAAUAGACGACAAGGCUGUAACAUGUAUGUGAAACAUGACAGCAGGAGUUGUUUCUCUACUCAAACGACAAACUUUCACUUUCUCCAGGAGGCUUCCAUUUCUACAGUGAAGCAACAAGUAGAGCCAGUUCAAAGUCCAACUCCUCUCAUAUUUCCUUUUGUGUCACUCGUACACUCCAGUUUUGCUUUGCUUCCCUUGUGUAUAUCUUAGGGAAACCAGAGUGGACCUUCGAUCGAAGCCAGAGGCACGACGAAGUGCGCUCGGAUCAGAUGUUACUGUGUUUCCUUUUCAUUUCAUUUUCAGUGUUACGAAUACUAGAAAACUUCCGCGCUCUGCCGUCUCCUGCCUCUUUCUCUCUCUCUCUCUCUGACUACAGCUCUUGCAGUGGGUUCACUUUUCAUCAAGAUCUCAUUGACAAACGAGGGCUAUAACUGUUUGUCUCCAACGCAUUUGUCUGUCUCUCUGCUUCCCUUUUCUGACAUCGUUACAUAUCUUUUACCUUGAUGUGAGAAAUUAUGUACAAUGUUUGGAUUAAUGAGAAGACGGCGCCUUUUACUUUUGUUGUUUUUGGAAAACAUUAAACUUGAAUUAUGAGAGAAA